AUGCUUUUUUGUUUCGGCGUCUAUUACUGGAAGAGAAAAAAGAGCAACAGUUAUAAGGCAAUUCUGAAGAAAAAUUUCGGAGCUGAAGGAGCCACAUUAGAGUCAUUGCAAUUCAAUUUGGCAACAAUUGAAGCUGCAACAGAUAAGUUCUCACUUGAAAAUAGAAUAGGCAAAGGUGGAUUUGGAGAAGUCUACAUGGGCAUUCUUCCCGAUGGUAGCAAAAUAGCUGUAAAGAGAUUGUCAGAAAAAUCAAGUCAGGGCUUAUUGGAGUUCAAGAAUGAGGUUUUACUAAUUGCCAAACUUCAACACAGAAACUUGGUUGCAUUAUUAGGAUUUUGCUUGAAAGAUCAAGAGAAAAUACUUGUCUAUGAAUACGUUCCUAACAAGAGCCUCGAUUAUUUUUUAUUUGGUUCACAAAAGUCAAGAGUGUUAAAUUGGCCAGAGCGUCACAAAAUUAUAGGAGGAAUUGCUCGAGGAGUUCUUUAUCUUCAUGAAUACUCACGCAUUAAAAUAAUACAUCGAGAUCUCAAACCUAGCAAUAUUUUGUUAGAUGAUGAGAUGAAUCCGAAAAUUUCUGAUUUUGGAAUGGCGAGAAUUGUUGGCAUUAAUGAAACUAGGGGAAACACGAAUAGAAUUGUUGGAACAUUGGGUUACAUGUCUCCAGAAUAUAUCAAAUUUGGAUUAUUUUCUGAGAAAUCAGAUGUUUACAGCUUUGGAGUCAUUGUUUUAGAAAUUAUAAGUGGAAAGAAUAUAUCUUCUCAAUGUGAAUCACAUGAAUCUCAAUAUGUUGGUGGACUCCUAAGCGAUGCUUGGAAGCAUUGGAGGGAUGACAAUUUGAUAGCGAUAUUGGAUUCGAAUUUGACAGAAGCCGGGUCACAUAGUGAAAUAAUCAAAUGCAUCCAUAUUGGCUUGCUGUGUGUUCAAGGAAAUCCAGGAGUUAGGCCUUCCAUGAACAAAGCUGUUCAAUAUCUGAGUAAUGAUUCAAUUCAGUUGCCAAUUCCUCAAGAACCAGCAUUCUUCAUCCAUAGUCAAAUGGGACCAGCGGAAAGCAGUAGGUCAAUGGAGGCUCAACUUGCCAACCAUAAUCAAUAUUCCAUCAAUGAAAUGUCGGAGAAUAUAAUAUCUCCUCGCUAG